UCCAAGAUGUCACAGGCUGGAGCAGUCAUGUGCUGCCAUCCUGAAGGAGAUUAUGCCAUGUCACCUCAGCACUUAACUCGAGAGCUCGAGAAGAAGCCGUGGCUGUCGCCUUCGAAGAAUAUGGAGCCUGCUGCCUUUAAGUCCCAGCACUGUCUCUCGCCCAACCUCAAUGCUGGCAGGAUUCACCUUCUCCGGAAGGGACUUACCCCAAUGGCUAGGAGGUCCCAGCUGGGCAUGUAUAACAGCACUGGCUCCCUCUUCCGGAAGGUCACAGAGAUGGGUUACCUUGGCAAUGGCAGCUGCUCCAGUUCAGGGAGAGUGACAGCGCCAUGUACCCCGCUGAGAAGCAAGCCUCCACCCUCCCUGUGCUCCCCUGGCAGCCGCAUCCCCCUGGUGGCUCCAGUCCCUGGUGGUCAAAGCUCCGUGGUGACCUUCCGGUUUAUUGAGAAGGCCAGUGUGAAAACUUUGAAUGGCCUCCCACUGGGAGAGUCCAGGAAGGAGAGUGGCCUGGAGUGUGGGGAGGAUCUCCACUCUGGCUCCAGCAAGCAAGGAAACUGUUGUCCCACUGUCCAAAAUCAGCCUUCCCCACAGGACAAAGUGACAGUACCCCUGGAGCCUGUUACUUCAGAUGUGAGUGAGAGGUUCAGAAUGAAGACAAAUGAGUACAGUUUGGCCAGUACUGGUCCUACGGGUGAACAGACCCCACUGAGCCUCAGAAGUAAAGGCCAGGAGUACCUUGGUCAUAAGCUGAAGCUGGAGACAUCUGCUUCAGACCCUCUGCUGACUGGAAACAGGCUCCUUUUAGGGGCACCAUCCUCCCUGAGCCUGGGUAAUGGAAGCCCACGUCCUCUCAAUGCCAACUGCCUCUCCAGCUCCCUCACCAAUGGGAUGAACAGCCCUUCUAAUGAUGUCUCAUGGCUUCAGAGAAGCCCACAGAGUGGGGAGUCACCAUGCCAGGGAAGCCUGUGGGCAUAUUCCCGAGAGAGCUCUGCCCAUGCCAAACGGAUUGCCAAGGCAAAGUGGGAAUUCUUCUAUGGCUCACUGGACCCUCCUGGAACAGGGAUCGCUCCUCAGAACACACUGGACCCUCCUCCUGAGCUCCUCAAGAAAUCCAGCCAGCUGAUGCAAACCAAACCAGAUUGGAUGGGGCCAGAACAUAGUUUGUGCCAUGUAGAGGUAGAAAUUGAGAUGGCUCCACCAGGUAGUACAAAGCCUGGAAACUGUGAAACCGGAAUUAUCCGCAGAACAGUGAAGUAUUCAGAGACUGACCUGGAUUCUGUUCCUUUGAGGUGCUACUAUGAGACCAACAUUGAUGACAUCUUGGCUGAAAAAGAUGAAGUGGAUUCAGCCAUUGAGAGCCAGAAGGACAGUGAGAGCAAUCCUAGUUUCACUGGAAUCUUGGGGAAAGGGAACACCGUUCCAAGGGACCUCUUUAUUCCGCACACCAGGGAAGGUGACGGCAAGUGUUUGAGAAAUAAGACACAGGACAACAAAGAUGAUGAGGUAUUUGAAGCCGCACAACAACAGCAGGACAGGAUCAUCAACAGAGACGCCCAAGGGUUGCUCAAAUCCCCAGUACCCUUCCUCCUUGGACACAGUCUAUCCAAGGAUGGCAUGGAUUCAUUCAGCAAGCAUUUUGAAAGCAUCAUGGAGUCUCACCGAGCCAAAGGGACUUCUUACACCAGCCUAGAUUCCAUUGAUAUCCUGUCCUCCCCAGCUCACACACACAGUGGGACUUACUUCACCUUUGAUCUCCCUACUCUGACCCCAGAAAUACAGGAGCAAAUUCGAGACAGUGCCAAGCUCAUUGAGCAGAACUUUGCCCCUCUGGCCCUCCUGGAGCCAGACUCUGGAACCAGUUCUGCCACAGAUGCUCCCUGGACUGAGAGGGAAGAGGAACCAAGACAAGGAAGGAAAAGUGGCCUGCAGAGUCCUUGCCACUCUGAAGACAGCUUGGGAAUUCCCCUGACCUCCAUCAUAAGUGAGCAUCCUCUUAGUCAAUUGGUCUCUGACUCGGAUUCUGAACUGGACAGCAUGGAGCAAUUAGCCCUGGGCAGCACGGAUACCCUCUCUAGUGGGCACAAGGCUGAUCUGGAGGCUGCAAGGCGCCUGGCAAAGAGGCUCUACAACCUGGAUGGUUUCAAAAAAGCAGAUGUAGCCCGCCACCUGGGGAAGAAGUACGUUAAUGAUUUUAGUAAGAUGGUAGCAGGGGAAUAUCUCAAGUUCUUUGAAUUCACUGGAAUGAGUCUGGACCAAGCACUGAGGUCCUUUCUGAAGGAGUUGGCCCUCAUGGGUGAGACUCAAGAGCGCGAGCGAGUCCUAGCACAUUUUUCACAGCGUUAUUAUGAGUGCAACCCUAAAGCCAUCUCUUCUGAGGAUGGAGCCCACACUCUCACCUGCGCCUUGAUGCUCUUAAACACAGACCUUCAUGGACAUAACAUUGGGAAGCGAAUGUCGUGCUCAGAUUUUAUUGGGAACCUGGAAGGACUCAACAAAGGGAGUGAUUUUCCCCGGGAGCUACUCAAGGCUCUGUAUAGCUCCAUCAAGAAUGAAAAGCUACAGUGGGCCAUAGAUGAAGAAGAACUGCGCAAGUCCCUUUCAGAACUGGCAGACCCCAACCCAAAGUCCAUCAAACGCAUCAGCAGCUGCAGCAACCCAUUCCUAGACUUCUCACAGGAUCCCAGCAUUGCUACGUACAAGCAUGGUCUCCUGGUGCGCAAGAGCCACGCUGAGCCAGAUUGCAAAAAGACCCCAAGAGGAAAGCGGGGAUGGAAGACUUUCCAUGGGAUCCUGAAGGGAAUGAUCCUGUAUCUACAGAAGGAGGAAUAUAAGCCUGGCAAGACCCUGGCAGAGGAGGAACUGAAAAAUGCUAUCAGCAUCCACCACUCCCUGGCUACCCAAGCAUCAGACUACAACAAGAGGCCCAACGUCUUCUACCUCAGGACGGCUGACUGGAGAGUCUUCCUCUUCCAGGCCCAGAACACAGAACAAAUGAAUUCCUGGAUCACACGCAUCAAUGUGGUGGCAGCCAUGUUCUCUGCUCCCCCAUUUCCAGCUGCCAUUGGGUCCCAAAAGAAAUUCAGCCGCCCACUGCUGCCCAGCUCCACCACACGGCUGUCUCAGGAGGAGCAAGUGAAGAGUCAUGAGGCCAAAUUCAAAGCCAUGGCAGCAGAGCUGCUGGAACAUCGCUCCUGCCUGCCUGAGAAGAAGGUGAAGGGCAAAGAGUUCGAGGAGCUGAAGCAAAAGGAGGAGUAUCUGGUAUUUGAGAAAUCACGCUAUGGCAUCUAUGCUACGCUAAUGCGUGCCAAGCUGAAGACUGGCUGCGAGGACCUGGCAGUGCUGGAGGCUACCCUGUUUGAUACAACGGCCAACGCCGAGGACAGCCUCAGAAAGACCCAGCCCAGCAGUUCCCUGAACCAGGAGCCAGCUGGCACAGGAGGUCCCAGAAUCAAACGUAACAGUCGACAAGCCACCAGCAGUCUGCAAAAAUCCUAGGAGGCGUUGGUGCUUGCCAGGAGCGUGGCACGUCUGCCCUGCAAAUCUGCAUGAUUUCAUACUCCAUGGUCAGGAGCCGCACAAUAGGAGGCCAGAGGGCACCUUGCUAUGGACCAGAUCCGGUGUCCACCUUGCCAGCCAGGAGGAGCAACGUCCUAUCCUAACCGC